CGCUGAACAAUCUCGAUCUCUAGUGGGGAAGCCAACAAUAUUCGCGACUUCUUCAGCGACGUCGUCCCCAGAGAAAGAAGAGGGAUCCGAUUAUCUUCGGUCAGGAGGCAAGAAAGACAAUAGAGGGAGGUUAGUAAAAGAAAGUCAUAAUCCAGAAAAACGUCAGUUUGAACUCGGUUUGACUCAAAUGAUGUUGCUAACGGACAAUCGCGGUGCUAAGAUGAAAAUUAACAGAUCUCUUCUGGGAUGUGUUCUCCUGGUGAUGUGUGUGGAUGCUGCAAUUGCGCAGGCAGCCGUCUCGUCUACCCCUGCGGAAGCUCAAAGAAGACAGCUAUCAUUACAACAGCAGUCCAACAUACUGAGCGACAUUCAACAACAUCAACACAGGUUUGACCUCAGACAAAACCCAUUCAACACCGCCUUCAGUCUGAACCUCCAGCAACUCCAAAACCAGCCUUGGGUGAACCAGCAAAUCCAAUUUCCCGGACAAAAUUUGGAUCAAAGGCAGUACCUUCAAAAGCAACCUCUAAUUCAUUCUCAACUUCUCCAGCAGCAGAUACAAAAUCAGAACCCAGCGUUCCCACAGACUGCUUUGGGUAGUUCUGUCUUGCAGAAUCCACUUUUAUCAUCACCGAAUAUUCCUAUCUUCCAAACUCCCAAUAAUCCAAGCGUUCCACAUGUUCAGCACCAUACGCAGACCAGUUUCACUCCUAAUUUCAAUCAACAACCCAACAAUUUUCCAACUGCUCAACUACAAGCAAGACCUACCUCAGAGCCCGUUUUUACUAGACCAACUACAACAGUUAACCCUGAAAAAGAAAAGGAGAGGUUGAAGCAAUUAAAAGAGAAACAGGCUAUCAUUGACAAACACAACCAGUUCAUUGAGAAGCAAUAUGAAAAAUCACUGAAAAAGGCUCAAGAAGAUCAUGUGGAGUGGGUUGAAAAACAGAAAGAAAAAAAGGCGAAAUUAUAUCAAAAACUAUACAAGCUACCUAAGAACCAAGAGACUAGUUACUCUCACGCUAUUCCCAGGUACAUCUACCCUGAAGAAGCGCAUCUUUUCGAAUUAGCAGUGAAGAAAUACUACGAAGAACAUCCAACAACAACCACGACAACGACUAGUACAACCACCGAAACUCCAGAUGAUUCAGAAGAAGAAGAGGAAGAUAAAAUCGAUAGAUCUUCCACUAAGAAGACCACUUUUCUACCAACUGUUGUACCUGCGUCAAAUCCAAUUCAAACCCUAGAUGACUUGAACACUUUGAAGAAACAAUAUCGGGAGAAACAAAUAGGAAAAGACGACCUUUUAGCACAACUUCGAUUAGCUAUUGCCAAUGAAGGUGAUAACGAUUUAACCAAAAACAUUUCAUCCAGAGAAAUUUCUUUAGGAGGCAAAAGGGUUCAAGUUAUCUCAACCACGGAUUCAAAAUUAUUCGAAAAGUCCAAACCUCAAGAAAUCACUCUGCCAAAUGGCCAAACCGUUGAAGUGAUCAGAACUAGCGACCCUAGUAUGGUACCCGGAAAUAAUCCAUUGAAACCAGAUGAAAUCACGCUCCCAAGUGGCCAGAAAGUACAAGUCAUCAGAACGACUGACCCAAAUUUGAUUCCACAAGAUUCUAUUAAAUCCCAAGAGAUCACUUUACCAAACGGCCAAAGAGUUGAAAUCAUAAGAACCACUGACCCUAAAUUGGUACCUGGAGGAACGCCAUUAGAGCCAGGAAGUGAUUUGGAGAAAUUGGUGUUAUCGAGGACAACUACCACAACAACUAUUAAGCCACCGAAGGUGUUCUUCGAUGAAAUCGCUAAAGACGUCAUUCCCAAAGGUUCAAACUUCGAACUGCUCAAAACCGGCGCUUCUGGUGGCUUGGAACAAAUUGAAUCUCCUUCAAAUUUGCCUGAUAAGAAGAAAGUCACUUUCGUUCUUUUAGAGGAGCAAGCUGACGGUACUCUGAAGGUUCAAGGGAUUAAAGGAACUGGGAAAGAUAAACCUGAAGUAGAUGUAGAUUCUAUUCUGAAGAAAAUCAGAAAUGGCGAGAUUAAACUUCCUACUUCAUCACCGAAACCUGAAUCGACUACCACUGCCCCAUCCACAACACCCGUUCCUUCAACAACUCAAGCCUCUUUUGGAGCCAAGUUGGUUACGGAAGAAUCAAGCACUCCCAAAGUUAGUGUCCUGCCUAAUUCUUUUGCAACGUCUGAAGACGAAUCCCCAGUGGUCAAGACUAAAAUGGGUACAGAGUUCGUUUCAACAUCCACGGCUUCUUCAACAUAUUACACCGAUGACUUCAGUAGAUUCUCAUCUUCACUUCCAACUGAUUCACCGACAACAGCUAGAUCGUCAAGACAACCUCACAUUCUCAACCAUGGCAGCACUGCUCCUCCGAACGAUUUGGUGCGACAAGAAUCUUCGAGUUCAGCUCAGAAUUCCCAGAAUUCCAUCUUCUCCAACUCCUUCAGCUCGUCGAGAGGAACUACGUUCCUUCCAAGAACGACAACUCCGUCCUACCCUUCUGAAAUCAUCCCAAGCAUUUCAGAAACUGUAACGCCAGUUUCCGAUCAACCAUCCAGAAAAUACUCCAAGGAACCUUCGCCUGAGCUUGUCGAUAUUCUGAAGAAACAAGGCCUAUUCGCCAUGGCCAAAUUUUUGAAACAGAGUGGACUGGAUACGAUCCUGAAUGAGACCGGUCCUUAUACGAUAUUCGUUCCUAAUGAUAAGGCCUUCAGGACUCUUCUAGUUCAGUUGGGAGGUCCAGAGAGGGCAGAACAGAAAUUCAAGGAUAAUCCUCGUCUUUUGAGUGGGUUAUUGUUGCAUCAUGUAAUACCUGGUGCUUUUACAAUAGCGUCCCUGCAAGAUGAAAUGACUGGGGUGUCCCUAGCAGGAACUCAAUUAAGAGUGAAUCAAUAUAAUAUGCAAGAUGCCGAAUGGAACGAUAUCAAAUUAACCACCAUCAACGGAGCCAAAGUCCUAGAUGACAAAAAAGACAUAGAGAUCCCACAGGGUAUGGCACAUGCGGUGGACAGGGUAAUGUUCCCCCUUCCUGUUGGAGAUAUUGUACAGACGCUUCAAUCGGAUAGGGAGAGACGUUUCACAAAUUUCCUUAGAGCGCUUUUCGCUGGAGGAUUAGCGGAUUCUCUCCAAGGCACCAAGACCUUCACACUUUUCGCUCCAACCGACAAAGCUUUCGUGGGACUUUCCAGCGAAGAUCUUGGCAGAAUGAUAUCGGACAAAAAACUAGCGAGAGAAUUGGUACUGCGACAUUUGAUAGCGGGAACCUUGUACACCAACGGUAUGAGGUAUUUCCAGAUCAAAGAAAGUCUACAACCCGACAGACAGAUCACAAUUAAUAAGCAAUCAGGAAAACUCAAGAUCAACAACAACUAUCUCGCAACCCAGAACAUUCCAGCGACAAACGGAGUUAUCCACGCGAUAGAUACGCUAUUGUGAAACCACCCUUAGAAAAACAUACCAGGAUUAUCAGGAAAUCCUCAUUUUGGCCAUUCACCAGUGAAAUUGAAAUAUUAUUCUUUCAAGUAUAAGGCUGAUGAAAAUGUAGAUACCAAACUUCCCAAUGGGUUCUGAAGAGGAAUAACCAUGUAUAGAAACGAAACUAUUAAUUUAAUAUGUAUAGGUAUUAUUAUAAAUUAUGCUAUAAGUAUUUAAUUAUUGCUUAGAUUUUAAGAUCAGUUUAUGGAAUUCCAAUGUCAUUUAUCGAAUCUUACUUUAAAUAUCAUUUCUUAGAUACAUAAUAAUAUAGUCUGUAUACUUCAUAACAGAUAUCCAUGAAUGCUGAAUGCCUCU